AUGUAUUCGUCUCUCAACCGCAUCCAAGCCGUCUUUGGCUUCUUUACGACGGUGGCCCUUUUCGUCGCUGGUCUGGCUGCCCUCUCUGUGCUGCUAUAUCCGGCAGAUGAUGUCACGUCGAGCGUGGAGUUGAAGAGUGUGCAGGUCUUGCGGGACAAUGUGCUAAUCAGACGCAACAUGUCGAACAGUAUCAAGGGCCGUCCACACUACUACUCGACGAAGAGGGAGGAAUAUGCGCAGAUUCGAUUCGAUCUCGACGCCGAUUUAUCCCCUCUGUUCAACUGGAACACGAAACAGCUCUUCGUCUACGUGCUCGCCUCCUACCCACCAUCCACUCGUGCCGGUAAUGACACCCGUAACUCGGAAGCCAUCAUCUGGGACACCAUCAUCCCUGCGCCCAAGUCUCCCUACUCCUUCCCAGCCCUGAAGGAGCGCUUCUUCCCUAGCAGUAAAACCAGCUGGGGGACAUCCAAGAAGAACAGCAACAACGACGAGAAGCAACAGAAACCAUCGUCUAAAAAGCAAGCCGACACUCCAGGCAUCUUGCACCUCCGCAACCAGAAAUCAAAGUACCAGAUCACCGACAUCUCGGGCAAGAUCGCCGAGCGCGAGAACGUCACCCUCAUCGUCGGCUGGAACGUGCAGCCCUGGGUGGGCGCCUUGUGGUGGAGUCCCGGGACAGGGGCCGUUCCGCGGACGGCCGGACAGGCUGGUCGGAGUAAACCGUUUGACUUUCCCGCGGUGAAGGGCAGUAACAGGUCUGAGACAGCCACGUAA